UAUUUUUCCCUCCCCGCUCGCUCAACCGAAGAAUCUGAGACAAACAAGAUUUUAAAAAAUAAUAAUAAUUAUUAUUUAAAAAAAAGAGAAAAUUCGUCUGCUAAAAAGUCUUUCGCCGAUAACCAAUCCCUCUUUAAACCCGAAAAAAGGCCACCACACCACAUUCUUUACGACUCUCUAUCCAUUUUUUUUUACUUAUUUUCCAAAGCUAAAAACAAAAGGUUGCAUCUCAUUUGAAACCGCCAACGAGAACUUUCUCGGAAACUUCUCCCUCUUUCUUCUUUUAAGUGAUGCGACUCGGUUUGUUUGGAUCCAAUAUUUGGCUGUUUCCCGUGAAUUGGCCGGGGUUUACAAGAGCUUUGGGUUAGGGUUUUCAAAAAGCAAUUUAGGGUUUUCGGUGUUGUUCUUUUUGUCUGAUGAUGGGGGAGGAUAACUAUAAUGAUAGCUCCGGUUUAUUGCCAAGUGGCGAUCCCUCGGCCGAUUAUAAGUUCGAUGACUUCGCUGCCGAUGGUCUUUGCGUCGAUCUCGACAUCUUCCAUCACAUUCUUGAAGAGAAUUGUGAUCCUCCACAGGGUAAUCCAGAAGAUCCAUCACCUGGAAAUAUGUCUCAAGAGGACUCGGUUCCUGAAACCAUCCAGGUUCAGAGUGAAUCGUGUUCCUCAGGGUUUACUUUUGGAGAUCUUUUGAGGCAUAAGUCUGAGGCUCCAGAUGCUAGGUCGUGGUCUAUAGGUGGUUCAUUUGAUUAUCAUCGGAAAUUAGAACCCUCUGCACAUGAUUGUUCUCCAGUCCCGACAUCCUCCGUAAGUUUUAAAGAGUGGUGUCCAUUUGGUCAAGCGACAUCCUAUACAGAGGUGGUUGGAAUGCCUGUGCUUGAGAUGCCUAGCUGUACAACAGCAUCUAGUUUUGCUGAGAUGGAUGGCAACCAUGUGUUAGAUCGUGGAGAUAAUUUAAAUUUUGACCUUGUGGGUAAUAGAACUUGUAUACAAUUCAAGAAUACUGCAGAGGAUUUUGACUACAAAAAUGCUUUGCACAGCGCUGCUGUUGAGAAUAUGAACUUAAUAUGUGGUCAUGUUGGUGAUUUUCUAAAUGAUACCUUGGAAACCCUGGAAGCUCCUGAAAGUAAGGUAGGUAGGUCUAUGAAGUUUUCCUCCGAUGCUGAUAUGACUUCACCUAAUGUUACUUCUAAUGAGUCUACCAUCUGUCAUGGUUCUGACAUUGUUAGUGAUGUUAGUGAUCCUCGUUCAGUUACACCUCAUUACAUGAACGGAGAUAAUGCAUAUUUUUCUGAUUCCUCAGUGCACCAUUGGCUUAGUUCCUUAAGUUUUAUGUCUGAAGAAAUUAAGGUGGGUGAAGUAGUCGAAUUUCCAACUGAGAGUGCAUGCUCAAGUGGUAGGAUAAUUUUCAAUGGUCAGGAUGGGACUGAUAAUAGGUCUGCGUCACAACUCUCAAUGACUGAUUUCUCUGAUGUAGAGCAACAGCAUUUUGAAGGUGAAGGGAAUGAUCAUGUUUUACCUGCCUGUGGAAGUUUGUCAUACAUUGCUAAUGAUGGAAUUUUUUAUGACAAAGGAUCGGUGCAGCCAUUCAGUCAUUCUCAACCUUGCAUUUCAAACAACAAUCAAGCAGUUUGUGUAAAGUAUGAAGAUAAUAAAGUGAUUACAUCUGGCAGCAUCUUCUACCAUUCUGCUGAAGCUUUAGCUGAAGCUAGCUGGAGAAAGUCUACUAACAGGGUUGAUGACUUAUUAUCUGUUGAUGAAGACUUGAAGCAAUCGUUGUCUGAUAUUUCACCUUCUAUAUCAAAUCAGGAGUUUAUAUUUAGUGGCAAGGAUGCUCAUCAUUAUCAUCAAGAUAUUAAUCUAAACGUUAAAAGUCAAUCUUCCCUUUAUGGUGGACAUUUGAAUUUAGCUUCCUCAGAGCAAUAUUUUUCCAGCACUCACCCAAUUACUUCAACCAAGAUGCACUUAGGUUGUUUUGGCGAAGAAAGAGAGAGAAAGCUGAUUCCUUUGAGUAUGGGUCUUUCAAAAGUCAGUCCUGAAUCUAUUCACAGCAAUUCAUCAGAUUGCAGAUCCUAUUUUGAUGAUGAUCCUGAUAUAUGUAUUCUUGAAGACAUCAGUCAACCUGCCUGCUCAAAUCAAUACCCGCUGCUUGUAAAGAAUACUUCUAGUUUGCCACAUGCUAAGUUUAGUAACCUGCUUCAUACCCCAGGAAUGGGAGGUGUCAGGGUCAAGGGAAAUGAUGAGCGUUUAAUUUUUCAGGUUGCAUUGCAGGUUCUUUCUCAGCCAAAGUCUGAAGCUAGUCCUCCAGAUGGUGUUUUGACAGUACCUCUUCUACGACAUCAGAGAAUUGCUUUGUCAUGGAUGACCCAGAAGGAGAAAGCUGGCUUGCACUGUUUAGGAGGAAUUCUUGCAGAUGAUCAGGGAUUAGGAAAAACUGUAUCAACAAUUGCACUUAUUCUUAUGGAAAGGCCUCCAUCUUCUGGAGCAUCUUCUCAAGAUACAAGAAAGGUUGAGUUGGAAACACUAAAUUUGGAUGAUGAUGAUGAAGAGAUGAAGCAAGAAUCUGAUAACAAUCAAGUUAUGGCAAAUGGUACUUCAAAGAAAAGCUCUUGUACAUCAGAGCAAGCAAAGGGAAGGCCAGCUGCUGGAACUCUCAUUGUAUGUCCGACAAGUGUAUUGCGGCAGUGGGAGGAGGAGUUACAUAAUAAGGUAACAAGAAAAGCUAAUCUCUCUGUUCUAGUAUACCAUGGAAGCAACAGAACAAAGGAUCCUGUUGAGUUAGCAAAGUAUGAUGUUGUCCUUACUACAUAUUCAAUCGUUAGCACGGAGGUCCCAAAGCAUUCUCCUGUUCGUGGAGAUGAUGAUGAGAAAAGGAAGUUGGAAGGUGAACAUGCCUCAUCUAUGGAUUUUCCACCAUGCAAGAAAAGGAAAUACCCUUCUAGUUCUAAUAAAAAAGGAGUGAAGCAUAAGAAGGGAGUGGAUGAAUCGCUUCUUGAUUCUGUUUCUCGACCUCUUGCCAAAGUUGGAUGGUUUAGAAUUGUUCUGGAUGAGGCCCAAAGCAUAAAAAACCACAGAACUCAAGUUGCUAGGGCUUGUUGGGGCCUUCGUGCUAAACGUAGAUGGUGCUUGUCUGGGACUCCAAUUCAAAAUGCCAUUGAUGACCUUUAUAGCUACUUCAGAUUUCUGAGAUAUGACCCAUAUGCUUCUUACAAGUCAUUCUGUUCUUCCAUAAAGGUCCCGAUUACUAAAAAUCCAGUGAAAGGGUAUCCAAAAUUGCAAGCUAUCUUGCAGACAAUAAUGUUACGUCGCACCAAAGGUACUCUUCUUGAUGGGAAACCAAUUAUUAACUUGCCACCUAAAGUGAUAGAACUUAAAAAGGUGGAAUUCACAAACGAGGAACGUGAUUUCUACUCCAGACUGGAGUCUGAUUCACGUGCUCAGUUUAAAGAGUAUGCAGCUGCUGGGACUAUCAAACAAAACUAUGUGAAUAUCUUGUUGAUGCUUUUGCGCCUCCGACAAGCCUGUGAUCAUCCUCUUCUUGUCAGGGGUUUUGAUUCAAACUCUUCAUGGAGAUCAUCGAUUGAGACUGCAAAGAAGCUUCCUCAGGAGAAGCUAAAAUUUCUUCUGAGUUGUUUAUCAUCUUUGGCACUCUGUGGCAUCUGCAAUGAUCCACCAGAUGAUGCUGUUGUUGCUAUCUGUGGUCAUGUUUUCUGCAACCAAUGCAUCUCUGAACUUCUCUCUGGCGAUGAGGACCAGUGUGCCACUGCAAAUUGCAAAGUUAGACUCAGUGCAUCUUCUGUGUUUUCAAAUGCCACUUUAAACAGUUCUCUUUCUGAGAAGCCUGGUCAUGAUAGUUCCCUUGAUUGUUCUGAUUCUAAUGUUGUUGAGGUAUCUAGGCCUUGUUCUGAGGAUAGUAUGUAUGAUUCUUCCAAAAUUAGGGCUGCCCUUGAGGUCCUGCAAUCGCUAGCUAAACCUCAAGAUCAUAGAUUAAAGACUAGUAGCUAUCCAGAAGGUUCAUCCAAUCUCCAUUCUGGGGAUUCACCAAAUGGUUUUCCAGAUGAAAAAAAUCUGGUUAAGGAUGAAAGUUUGAAUGAUUCCUAUAAGGUAUUUGGAAAGAAAGCCAUAGUGUUUUCCCAGUGGACAAGGAUGUUGGAUUUAUUUGAAGCCUGUCUUAAGAGUUCUUCCAUCCAAUACAGAAGACUAGAUGGAACUAUGUCAGUUGCUGCUAGAGAUAAAGCAGUGAAAGAUUUCAACACCCUACCAGAGGUUUCUGUUAUGAUUAUGUCUUUGAAAGCUGCCAGUCUGGGGCUGAACAUGGUUGCAGCUUGCCAUGUUCUUCUGCUUGAUCUUUGGUGGAAUCCUACAACAGAGGACCAGGCAAUUGACAGAGCACAUCGAAUCGGACAGACUCGCGCUGUAACUGUUUUACGAUUAACUGUGAAAGAUACAGUUGAAGAUCGUAUUUUAGCUCUUCAGCAAAAGAAGAGGGAGAUGGUUGCAUCUGCAUUUGGGGAGGAUGAAACAGGAGGUUGUCAGACUCGUCUCACAGUAGAAGACUUGGAAUACUUGUUUAUGGCAUGACAUUUAAAAUUACAGUGGUAAAUCUACAAUUCUUAUAAAUUGGCAGUGUUAGACUUGCAUCCAAUGUCGGUGCAUCAUGUUGGAUACGCAGCUUAUCCCUUCAGAACCAUUUCCUAACCCAUCUUCCCCGCCUAGCUGACCCAUUCUGCUAACCCAGAUACCAUUUGGACAUGAGGGGAAAGAGAAAGCCUCUUCUGACACUGUGUGAAUACACGAAAGGAAAGUUAAAUUUUUUGUUUUCUCCGGCCAUUGAUGGUUCUCAACCUCUCGUCACCUGUGGCAUUGUAUAGGGUUUAGGGCAAGUGCGCUAUAACAAGUAAAAGAUAGUAAUAGAGUUGAACGUGCGAUUCUGUUUUAGUCAGAGUAGUUGUAGAUGAUACUGAUAGGUCUUCUUUUCCUGUUCUUUUCUUUUCCAGAGAUACGAAAAAAUGGAAAGUUGUAGCUUCAUUGGCGAUUUUUAAGUCUAUUAUUUUACUUGAGUGUU